CCCAAGGAAGGGCACUGUGUGAGCAGAUGAAGAAACAUUUUCAUAUAAUUCUAUAUAGGCUAGCAUCCCCUUUUGAGCGCCAGUUUUAUCCAUUGGUGGAAACGGGAAAAGAUCAAGAUGAAAUUCCCUACAGAAAACCCUCGAAAGCCAGGAAACUGGAGUCCACCCCAAGUGCCGGUCCAGACCAACACGGUUUCCCCAAAGAAGAUUCAGUCAGGGAUGCUGCAGUCCAGCCUGGUCCAUGCCAGUGUGGCCACCAUGCAGAAUCCCAUGGGCUGCGACUUGCUCUCAGGCAGCCUAUCUCCGCUACGCCGCCUCUCUGUGUCCUCGCGCUCUGUGAUGAUGGCUAGUAUGGACAGUACGGACGGCUCAGCCCUCCAGACUGUCAUGAAGUGGAAGACAGUGCUGGCCAUCUUUGUGGUUGUGGUGGCCUACCUGGUGGUGGGGGGCCUGGUGUUCCGGGCACUGGAGCAGCCCUUUGAGAGCAGUCAAAAGGACACCAUCACGCAGGAGAAGUCGGUAUUCCUGCAGAAGCACUCCUGCGUCACACCCAAGGAGUUAGAAAGGCUCAUUAUGCGUUCCAUAGAGGCUGCCAAUGCAGGAGUCAGCCCAAUUGGAGAAACCCAUAAUUCUAGCCACUGGGACCUUGGGAGUGCCUUCUUCUUUGCAGGGACAGUGAUCACCACCAUAGGAUAUGGGAACAUUGCCCCCAGCACAGAGGGAGGGAAGAUUUUCUGCAUCUUGUAUGCAAUAUUCGGGAUCCCUCUCUUUGGAUUCCUGCUGGCAGGGGUUGGUGACCAGUUGGGGACUAUAUUUGUGAAAAGCAUUGCCCGUGUGGAGAAAGUGUUUACAAACAAACACCGGCAGAUCAGCCAGACUAAGAUCAGAGUGAUCUCCACCAUCCUUUUCAUUCUGGCAGGAUGCAUAGUCUUUGUCACCAUCCCGGCUGUAAUCUUCAAAUACAUAGAGGGCUGGACUACGCUUGAUGCCAUUUACUUUGUGGUCAUCACCCUAACAACUGUUGGAAUUGGUGACUAUGUAGCAGGCGGAGAUCGGGGAAAAAACUACAAGAAGUGGUACAAGCCACUGGUGUGGUUCUGGAUCCUGGUGGGCUUGGCGUAUUUUGCUGCAGUGCUAAGCAUGAUUGGGGACUGGCUCAGAGUUCUCUCCAAGAAAACAAAAGAGGAGGUGGGUGAGAUCAAGGCUCAUGCAGCAGAGUGGAAGGCUAAUGUGCGAGCGGAGUUCCGUGAGACACGGCGGCGAUUGAGCGUAGAGGUGCAUGAUAAGCUCCAGCGGGCCGCUGCCAUCCGGAGCAUGGAGCGCAGGCAGCUUGGACUAGACCAGAGGGCUCAGUCUCUGGAUGUCCUCUCACCAGAGAAGAGGGCUGCCUUCAACAGCCUGGAUGCCGAUGGCUACACUGCCUCCUCCCAGGAGAGCAUCGACUCCAAGCUCAACAACCUGCGUCUGAGAAUGGAGCAGUAUGAUAAGGCUGAGCAGGCUUCUUCGGAGGACAACAUCUUCAACCGCUUUGGCUCUGUUAGCCGGCUGGCCAAGCGAAACAAGAACAAGGACCUGAAGAAGAACAUUGCCUUUGGGUGCAGCCCCACCACUGAUGAGGAGAAGAAGGAUGAGGAGGACCAUGGGGAGAAGGAAUUCAACACCAGCCUGACCGAUUUGCCCCAGUAUGCAGAGACCUCCAAGCCGCAGAAUGGAUUUUUUCCAAGUCAGACCAAAGAAAGGGCCAAUCUAAAAAUGGUUGAAGAGAAGGCGCAGCAGACGCAGAUGAGCCCUUAG